GUUUACCGCACCCGAGACCUGCGCUCACACGGGGAGACAUUGGACAUUUGUAUUCUUGAAUGAGUUUUACAUAUAGAACAAUCCACGUGUUUUUAUUCGUGUAAAUACAUUUAAGAAAAAUAUUUUGGUCUUUGGACCUAGCUUUUAAAUUCCGUCUUUGGAGUCGCGUGCUUUCAGUGCAGCGCGCGUGAGCUGAUUCACCUGCUCGAGACGCGCUUCCGCCUGAUAGAUAUUGUCAGUAGCUACGAAAGGUGUUGUAAGUUAUUGUUUCACAUGAGUUCGUGGGAAUAAGCAGCAGACGGUGUUGAAGAAGUCGUGGACAUGGAUGCGGUACCGAAAGAUGGGGCCAGUUUGGCUGACCCCAGCAAGACGGACACACUCAACUCAACGGGUUCAGCAGGGCAAAGGAGAGCUGGAGGAGCCAAGAAGCACACACAAGCUAACAAAUCAGCCCUUCGUGCACCCAGAGCUCUGUGCUGCCUCACUCUCAGCAACCCUAUACGCAUGGCAGCACUGGCCCUGGUGGAGUGGAAGCCUUUUGAUAUAUUCAUAUUAUUGGCCAUCUUUGCUAACUGUGUUGCCCUUGGUGUGUCCAAACCAUUUCCUGAAGAUGAUUCCAAUGCCACCAACCACAAUCUGAUGAAUGAUUCUAUCGGCUUUGAGCUGCCUUGGAUUUAUUUUGUGUCUCUGGUCAUUUUUGGAUCUUUCUUUGUCCUCAAUCUUGUGUUGGGUGUGUUGAGCGGUGAGUUCUCUAAAGAGAGAGAGAAGGCCGUGUGUCGCGGUGAGCUGCAGGAGGCCCAGGAGAAACAGCAGAUGGAGGAGGACAUGAUCGGUUACAUGGACUGGCUCAUCGAAGCAGAGGACAUGGAUGAGGACGGAAAUAAACGUGCUGUGGUGGCUAAGAAAAAGAUGAUGAAGAAAUAUGGCUGGUACAAACACAGUGAAGAUGGAGAAUCGGAUUCAGACUCUGAGUUUGAAGCGUUCCUGGAUGAUGACGGAGGCUGCUGUGCAUCUAUAAUGGCACGACUGAUGGCUAUAAGCUUCUGUGAGCAGCUGUACCACUUGAAUCUGGUCAUCAGGAAGAACUGCCGUGUGGCUGUCAAAUCCACCAAUUUCUACUGGCUGGUGCUGCUGCUGGUGUUCCUCAACACUGCCGCCAGCGCCUCUGAACACUACGGCCAACCCCAGUGGCUCACUGACAUACAGGACCGAGCAAAUAAGAUCCUUCUGGCUCUGUUUACGCUGGAGAUGCUGAUGAAGCUCUACAGCUUCGGCUUUCAGAUCUACUUCAUGGCGCUCUUCAACCGUUUCGAUUGUUUCGUGGUGUGUGGUGGGAUUCUGGAGACGGUGCUGGUGGAGAUGGAUGUGAUCCCGCCCAUCGGGAUCUCUGUGCUGCGCUGUGUCCGUCUGAUCCGUAUCUUCAAAGUCACAAGACACUGGGCUGCACUAUCAGACCUGGUGAGCUCUUUGCUGAACUCUAUGAAGGCCAUUUGCUCCCUGCUGCUGCUGCUCUUCCUCUUCCUCAUCAUCUUCGCUCUCCUGGGCAUGCAGCUCUUUGGCGGAAAGUUCAACUUUGAUGAGACUCAAAUGAAAAGAAGCACCUUUGACACUUUUCCAUCUGCCCUGCUCACCUGUUUCCAGAUCCUAACAGGAGAGGACUGGAACUCCGUUAUGUAUGAUGGCAUCAUGGCGUAUGGAGGACCAAUAUUUCCCAAUAUGAUUGUCUCUAUUUACUUUGUCAUUCUUUUUGUCUGUGGUAACUACAUCUUGUUGAAUGUCUUCUUGGCUAUCGCUGUGGACAACUUAGCCGGAGACGGAGGCAAAAAGAAAAAAGAGGAGAAAAAAGAAGAGGAGGAGGAAUGGGAGGAUGAUGAAGACAGAGAGGAAGACGAAGCUGGAAAUGAUGUGGACGAUUGGGAAGAGAACGAAGAGUUGAGAGCAAUUGAAGGACUUGAGGGUAUAGGCACUCCAAUGAAAGUUGAAAGUUUUCAACCCAAAGAGAAAAUUGUACCAAUUCCUGAUGGAAGUUCUUUUUUCAUCCUUGGAAAGAAAAACUGUCUCAGAGUCGCCUGCCACAACCUCAUUCAUCAUCAUUACUUCACCAACUUCAUCCUCAUCUUCAUCAUAUUCAGUAGUUUUUCAUUGGCUGCUGAAGACCCAAUCAAAACUCAUUCUGUCAGGAACGUUAUGCUGGGCUAUGCUGAUUAUGUCUUUACCACCGUCUUCACUAUUGAGAUCAUGUUGAAGAUGACUGUGUAUGGAGCUUUCCUUCAUCAAGGUUCCUUCUGCAGAAACGCCUUCAACCUGCUGGACCUUCUGGUCGUCAGCGUAUCCCUCACCUCUUUCUUCUUGCAUUCAAGUGCCAUUUCUGUGGUGAAGAUUCUUCGAGUAUUGCGAGUGCUCAGGCCUCUUCGAGCCAUCAACAGGGCAAAGGGACUCAAGAGCGUGAUUCAGUGUGUGUUCGUGGCCAUCCGCACUAUUGGCAACAUCCUCAUCGUCACCACUCUCCUCCAGUUCAUGUUCGCUUGUAUUGGUGUGCAGCUUUUCAAGGGCCGGUUCUACAGAUGUACGGAUGAGGCGAAACAUACACCCGAAGAGUGCAAGGGCACAUUUGUGGUGUUCAAAGAUGGUGAUAUGAACCAUCCAAUGGUGAGGGAGAGAGUUUGGGAGAACAGCGACUUUACCUUUGACAACGUGUUGAUGGGGAUGCUGGCGCUCUUCACCCACUAUGAGCAAUCCAAACUCUUCAACUUUGUGAUGGACAUCCUGAACAUGAUCUUCACUACGCUCUUUACUGUUGAGAUGAUCAUCAAACUUCUGGCUCUGAGACCUUAUCACUAUUUUAUAGAUGCCUGGAACUCUUUUGAUGCUCUGAUAGUGGUGGGCAGUUUGGUGGACAUCAUGAUAGCAGAGUUCAGUGGUGGAGGAGGCCAUGGUGAGGGGAAAGAAGGGGAGAGUGCCAAAGUGUCCAUCACCUUCUUCCGCCUUUUCCGAGUUAUGCGACUGGUCAAGCUGCUCAGUAAGGGUGAAGGCAUUCGAAUCCUCCUUUGGACCUUUGUUAAAUCACUACAGGCAUUGCCAUAUGUUGGCUUACUCAUUGCCAUGAUCUUUUUCAUCUAUGGCGUGAUUGGGAUGCAGACAUUUGGGAAGAUAGCAAUAGAUGACAGCACAGAGCUCAAUCGAAACAACAAUUUCCAAACCUUUUUCAUGGCUGUACUGUUGCUCUUCAGGUGUGCAACAGGUGAACAGUGGCAGCAGAUCAUGCUUGCAGCACUGCCAGGGCAUCGAUGUGACCCAGAGUCUGACAUUGAGCCGGGAGAGGAGUAUAGCUGCGGAAGCAACCUGGCGUACCUCUAUUUCAUCAGUUUCUUUGCGCUCUGUGCCUUCCUGAUCAUUAACUUGUUCAUCGCUGUCAUCAUGGAUAACUUUGAGUAUCUGACCAGAGACUGGACUGUGCUGGGCACUCAUCACCUCGAUGAGUUUAAACGAGUCUGGUCAGAUUAUGACCCAGAGGCCACGGGACGGAUUAAACAUCUAGAUGUAGUCACCAUGUUGCGCAGAAUUCAGCCUCCGCUGGGCUUUGGGAAACUCUGUCCACAUCGAGUAGCCUGUAGGAGAUUGGUUGCUAUGAAUGUGCCUCUCCAUCCUGACGGCACUGUGUCUUUCAAUGCCACUCUGUUUGCUCUCGUCAGAACGUCACUCAAGAUUAAAACAGACGGCCCCAUUGACCAGCAGAACGAGGAACUGAGAGCUAUCAUUAAAAAGAUCUGGAAACGCACUAAACCCAAACUUCUAGAGGAAGUUAUACCUCCUCCUUCAGGGAAUGAGGUGACUGCAGGAAAGUUCUAUGCCAGCUUCCUGAUUCAGGACUACUUCAAAAAAUUUCGCAAGCGAAAGGAGAAAGAGAGGAAGAAGAAAGGCAAGGACAAGUCAGCCUCUCUCCAGGCCGGGUUACGCACACUGCAGGAUCUGGCCCCAGAGAUGCGGCUGGCUAUAGCGAUGGAGGAUGAGGAAGGGCUGGAGGGGGAGAUGAUGGAAGAAGAGGAGUUCUUCAGGAGUGACAGUGUCUUCAGUGAUGCUCCUCCCACACCGGCCAUGUCCACUCCCAGAAGCACCCCUAUGCCGCCCCAUCUGGACGAGACCACAGUGAGCAUUGAGCUUCCUCCUAGAGUACACAGUGGGAGCUUUAUGCUGGAGGAGGCCCUAAUGGACUCCCGCCCGGCCUCUGCCCUCUCCGAAAACACAGUGAUAAGUGAACAGCCUCAGAGUUUGUCUCCCCUGCUCAGCAGGUGGGCCUCCAGUCACAGCAAACUCACCCCAUUGUGGAUACUGAAUAACAACCAAAGGACUGACACAACCAGAGCUUGUGACUAUAUCCCUUCCCCAUCCUCGGAUGGAGGAAUGCAAAAUGGAGGAGUCACAGGAGGAGUCAUCACUCCGGGAGGAGUCACAGGAGGAGUCAUCACUCCGGGAGGAGUCACAGGAGGAGUCAUCACUCCGGGAGGAGUCACAGGAGGAGUCAUCACUCCGGGAGGAGUCACAGGAGGAGUCAUCACUCCGGGAGGAGUCACAGGAGUCAUCAUCACUCUGGGAGGAGUCACAGGAGGAGUCACAGGUGGAGGUGAAGGAGUCACAGGAGUCGUCAUCACUCCGGGAGGAGUCACAGGAGGAGUCAUCACUCCGGGAGGAGUCACAGGAGGAGUCAUCACUCUGGGAGGAGUCACAGGAGGAGUCACAGGUGGAGGUGAAGGAGUCACAGGAGGAGAAGGGGGAGUGAUGGGAGGAGGAGUCACAGCGAUGCCAUAUCCUACAGAGCAAGGCGGUGUCAGCAAGGAGGAGCCUCAGUGUGCAGUCUCAAAUGAUAGGAUCCUGAUCUCUGAAGGCUUGGGCCAAUAUGCCAAAGACCCCAAAUUUGUUGACUUUGCAAAGCGGGAAAUUGCAGAUGCCUGUCACAUGACUAUUGAUGAAAUUGAGAGUGCUGCAACUGACCUUAUAAGUCGAGGAAGGGCAGGACAAGCGACCGGACGCUUUGAGGAGGAUCUGUCUGAUGAGAUGAACUGUAUCCUGAUCUCUGAAGGCUUGGGCCAAUAUGCCAAAGACCCCAAAUUUGUUGACUUUGCAAAGCGGGAAAUUGCAGAUGCCUGUCACAUGACUAUUGAUGAAAUUGAGAGUGCUGCAACUGACCUUAUAAGUCGAGGAAGGGCAGGACAAGCGACCGGACGCUUUGAGGAGGAUCUGUCUGAUGAGAUGAACUGUGUUAUAUCGUACUAAAUGGGCUUCAGUUUGUUGGCGAGGGCAGGACAGAGUGUCAGUGUGAUUGUGAUGAUCUCUGAAUCACAAACUCAAAUACAUUCACCUCUUCAUUUUAAGCUUGGUUGGGCAGAUUUAAUAAUUAUAUUCAUUUGAUUCAGUAGAUAUAAGGAAAUUGUGGUGACCACAUUGACUUCACCCCUGUUGCUUUGCAUAGAAGUUUAGUAAGAGCCUAAACAAACCACAGGAUUACUAUUCAUAUGACUCUCUAAGUUUAAAGUUAAAGUCAAAAUGGACAACUUUUUUUUUUUAUGGAAUGUUUCAGCAUUUAUUAUAAAUUAUUUAUGUUGACUUUGCAAAAUGGGAAAUUGCAGAUCACUUGCUAAGACUUCCAAUGACGCCAGCUUUAGAUUAACAUACAACUGUCUAAUAUUAUCCUUAGAUUUAUAACGAUCACAAGCUGUAAUCAUUGCUGUAACAUGUUAAGUCAUAAGUUAAGUUAUAAUUAAGUCUGCUUAAUUGAAUACAUGAUGUUUACUGACCAUAUAUACAUAUUUUAUAGCUAUAAAAUACUACCAUAUUGACAUUUAUAUACUCGCCUCUGGCUGAAUAGAAUACUUCUUGAUUAUAACAUUGAAACAUGCAUUUUCCGUGCAGCUGCUUUGAAACGAUAUGUAUUGUGAAAAGCGCUAUACAAAUAAACUUAUAUUGAAU